AUGCCACUUCCUGCGCUUCUCCGCACUACAUCCCGCCUAGGGCCGACUGUUGCCCAGAGGUUGAGGAGAGCUGCAUCCUCGGUUGCCUCGGGCACAUCAAAGACUCAGAAUUCGUUGGAUUCGAUUCUCAUUGCCAAUAGAGGCGAGAUUGCUUUACGAGUUGGUCGGACGGCUGCAGAGCACGGGAUCCGCGUGACUACGUUAUAUACAGACCCAGACAGCGGGGCUCAGCAUGCUCUAAGUUCACCGUUCGCGUUCAAUUUAGGUUCUGUAUCAGCGUACCUCGAUGGAGACCGUAUCAUCGAGAUAGCAAAACGAGAGGGUUGUCAAGGGAUACACCCGGGUUAUGGCUUUCUAAGUGAGAACUCCGCCUUUGCUCGGAAAUGCACAGAAGCUGGACUGGUCUUCAUUGGCCCUCCCUGGAAGGCAAUUGAGGAUAUGGGAGACAAGAGUCAGUCCAAGAAGAUUAUGACGGCGGCAGGGGUGCCUUGCGUUCCCGGUUACCACGGUCAGAACCAAGAUGUCAACUUUCUUGAGGCCGAAGCCGACAAAAUCAAAUACCCUGUGCUUAUCAAGGCAAUCAAGGGUGGCGGUGGCAAGGGUAUGCGUAUAGCCUACUCGAAGGCGGAGUUCCAAUCCCAGCUGCAAUCUGCCAAAUCAGAAGCUAUGAACUCAUUUGGCGAUGACAAGGUGUUGGUGGAAAAAUACAUUACAACGCCACGACAUAUUGAAGUGCAGGUCUUUGCUGAUAAGCAUGGAAACUCUGUUGCUCUGGGUGAACGAGAUUGCAGUAUCCAAAGGCGGCAUCAGAAGAUUCUCGAGGAGUCGCCGGCCCCUCAUCUGCCCGAUGCUACAAGGAAAGACCUCUGGGCAAAGGCCCGAUCGGCUGCUUUGGCUGUGGGCUACGAGGGCGCUGGUACUGUCGAGUUCAUCUUUGACAAUGACACUGGGGAAUUCUACUUCAUGGAGAUGAACACCAGAUUGCAAGUUGAGCAUCCAGUGACAGAGAUGGUCACCGGCCAAGAUCUUGUUUACUGGCAGCUCAAGGUGGCCGAAGGCGCCAAACUUCCAUUGACCCAAGACGAAGUGGAAGCCUACAUGGCUAGCCGGGGACAUGCGAUUGAAGCGAGAAUUUAUGCUGAGAAUCCGGAUCAAGGUUUCAUCCCAGAUUCAGGUACUCUGCUUCAUGUCCGCACACCUGCUGUUUCUGAGGACGUCAGAAUCGAUGCAGGCUUCGUUGCUGGGGAUGAGGUCUCAGCUCAUUAUGAUCCAAUGAUCGCCAAACUAAUCGUGAGAGGUAGUACUCGGGAGGAAGCGAUUCGCAAGCUUGCUGCCGCGCUCGAGGAGUACGAAGUUGCCGGUCCGAUUACCAACAUUGAGUUCUUAAAAACCAUUUGCAAGAGUCCUGAUUUCAUUGCGGGCGAGGUGGAAACCGGCUAUAUCGAGAAACAUCGCGAGGAGCUGUUCACCAGAGAUCCGACUGACCCGGAGCUGCUGGCGCAGGUAGCGUUGGCUUGUUUACACCACUAUGUUGACCCAGUUACUCGAAAACAGGCCAACUUUGAAGGCUCCGCGGUUGGCUUUAGCCCAAGCUAUCAAGCUCGGCAGAUAACGCUGGUGGAGUCAGCACCUGGAAGCAAAGAUACCACCACCUUUGAAGUUCGGGUCCAGCAAACGCGUGAGAACACAUUUGACGUGGAAGUCGGCGGACGGGUGUUUGAGCAGGUACGAAGCCACAGUAACCCAGCAGCUCGCGUGGUUACGUCCUACUUCCCCUAUACUCGUCUAGAUACUACAGUGAUACGUGACGAGGACAUGAUCGUUGCGUUCCAAAAAGGCAAGCAAUAUCGCUUCAUGAUCCCACGAGCGAAGUGGAUGGAAAAGGCACUGGGAAUGAAGGAUGUCACGAACAGCGUUCUAGCGCCUAUGCCUUGCAAGGUGCUGCGCGUGGAAGUUCAAGCCGGCGACGUGGUCGAAAAAGACCAGCCGCUGGUGGUGAUUGAAAGUAUGAAGAUGGAAACGGUGAUCCGCAGUCCUCAGAAAGGCACCAUUGCCAAAGUGGUACAUCAAAAAGGAGACCAAUGCAAAAGCGGAACACCACUCGUCGAGUUUGCGGAGGAAGGCGGUGAGAACUAG